CACCACCGCACCCUCCCUUUUCAAUGCUCUUCCCCAGUCAUCUAGUCUACCACCAUCUCCUCAUCCCACCUUAGUGGCCAUCCAACCAAACCACACCUCAGCAAUCACUAUAUACACCCCACAAUGUUCGGCCUCGUCCUCUCCUCGCGCCCCGUCCUGACCCUCUCCUCCCCCGGCGCCUCUACCCUCUCAAACACCCAAUUCGCCUUCGCCAUCCCGCCCGCUCCAUCCUUCUCCCACAUCGUCGUCUUCAUGCUCCCCGGCACCACCCUCGAUCCCGACACCGCCGCAGCGGUAUACCUCAAAAUGCCCGGCGCACCCGACUUCCGCUUCCUCGGCGCGAUUGGGCAGGGGAAGGAGAGCGCAAUCUUCCGCGUGAAAGGCUCCGCCGGCGAUUCCAGCGCGAUCGGGCAGGUCGACGAGGACGCGAUGGUAGACGAAGGCGUUAGCGGGGCAAACAUAAACGGCGCGAGCGGGGAGGCGGAGAUGGUCAUGUUGGGGAUAUCGAUUGAGCCGGCGAGUCAGGUGGCGGCGAGUAUGGCGCAGUUGAAGACGCUGGGGGGGCAGGCGGAGAUGGCGCUUGUGAGGCAUACUCCGGCGCCUGUAGCGGUCCCAACGAAGGUGCUUGCGCAGCGGAUUAUCAAGAACGCGUAUGAUUUUCUGGCGAGCUUUGCGGGGUCGGGGCCUGGUGGGGCGGAGGUGGUGCCGUUGAAGGCGUUUCAGGAAUGGUGGGGGAAGUUUGAGAAGAGGGUGGAGAGGGACCCGGGAUUUUUGGAGAGGGCGGAGGAGAGCUGAGAGGAGAGACUUGGGAGGGUGUUGGCAUCAGAGGACAUGUGUGAGUCUCACAGACAUAAAGAGGUGUAUAAUUGGAGCAGGGUUGUCACGGACUUCCGUUGUUUGGUUGGUGGAAUACACCUCUGCUGCUACCGUAUAGCAGCAGUAGUCGUGGUCUUGAGACAACAACGAAGAACAAACAUAUAAC